UCUACGUCACGCUCAUGAACUUGUCCCUCCGGCGUGAAGGGGGGGGUAACAGGGAUGCAAUUUGAAGACAAAGAAAGCGGAGGGUAUAAAACCUCUGCAUGAGCUCGAACCUCCCGCACUGCACCGGCUGGGGAGCACGCGCGCCUAGUUUCCUCCUCUCUCUCUCUCUUUUUUAUCUCUUCCUCACGCGAUCACUCUCACUCUCUCUCUCUCGCUCUUCCAGUAAGUCAGCAGCGCGUGCGAGUUGGGGUCCGAGUCAGAUCGAAGCGCGCGCGCCCGCAGCUGCUGCUCGGGUGCGAGUAAGGUGCGAGUGCGCGAGCGAGCCAGCGCGCGGCAGGAGCUGUUCGGGUUCGAGUUGCGCGCGAGAUUAUCCUAAAAUAAAUAUAUUAAAAAAAAACAUUAGUUAUUAAAAAAAAUAAUAAACCAACAAACCAAGACAGGAUGACCACGCUGUUGCUGCUGCUGCUGCUGCUGUCCUGCACGCUGUGUGUCCACUCCUUUCCGCUGGGGGACGCCAGGAGCAGCCGCAGGUACAAAGACCAGGGGGCCUGGCCUAAGACGCACCCUCAAAACACGCAUAAAGAAGACUUCAAGAUGCAGAGAUGGCAUCAUCAAUCCAUUUUUAGCAAGAACGGUAGCGACGCCUGGAACAGGCCCCGGUGUGGAGUCCCAGACUUCCCUUCAAAGCAAGAAAACGUCUAUAACCCAGUACACAGACGGAGCCUGCAUGGCGGACGGUACCGAGGCAAGCGCUUUGCUGCUGUCAAGGGGUGGAACAAGACCAGCUUCACUUACAGGAUUCUAAGGAAGCCUUGGCAGAUGACUUUGGAGAAAGUGCGAGAGGUGUUUAGGGACGCUGUCGAGGUCUGGAGCCAUGUCACGCCUCUCACCUUCACCGAGGUCCAUGGAGGCCAUGCCGACAUCACCAUCGACUUUGUUAGGUAUGAACAUGGGGACAAGCUACCUUUCGACGGUCUAGGAGGAAUCUUGGCGCAUGCCUUCUUCCCUCGAACCCAUCGGCAAGGAGAAAUCCACUUUGACUACGAUGAGAUAUGGACUUUGGGCAACGGCAUGGGCACGGACUUGCUGCAAGUGGCUGUUCAUGAGAUCGGUCACACUCUCGGCCUACAGCACUCCAGUGCUCCUGGCUCAGUGAUGUCUCCCUUCUACAGCUUCUCCUACCCUCCACAACUUAGCAAGGAUGAUGAGAGGCGUAUCCAGGCCCUGUAUGGAAUCAAAGUCAUGCAACAGAGGCAGUCAGAGCUAGACACCAAUGACAUCGUGAUAAUCCCCGAUGCCUGUAAUACGGACUUCGAUGCCGUGUCGAUGAUCCGUGGUGAGCUGUUCUUCUUCAAAUCGGGCUACGUGUGGCGCAUCCGUGACGGGAAACUGCAGGACGGGUAUCCUGCUUUAGCCUCCAGACACUGGCGUGGUAUUCCUUAUAAUAUAGACGCAGCAUAUGAGGACACCUCUGGAAAUAUCUGGUUCUUUAAAGGUCAGAAUUACUGGGUGUACGAUGCUGAAAAGCAGAUCAGCGGGCCGGACUCUUUGCAGAGACUUGGGCUUCCAGUUAGUGAGAUCCAGGCAGCCUUGAUGUGGGGUGAAGACAAGACCCAGAAGGUGUACUUCUUUAAAGGAGAAAACUACUGGCGUUUUAAUCCGCAGGAGAACUGGGUGGAUAUGAGCUAUGCUCGUAACAUGGUGGACUGGAGGGGAAUCCCGAAUGAUAUUGAUGCUGCUUUCCAGGACCGAUAUGGGUUUGCUCACUUCCUAAAAGGCAAACAGUACUGGAAGUUUGACUCAGUGGGAGUCAGGGCCCUUGAGGGAUACCCCCGCUACAUCGGCAUGGACUUCUUCAAUUGCCCCGCCUACAAGUAUCAAUAAACCUCCACCACAAACAGAGCAUAAUCGAGUGACAUUGUUACAAACUUGAAGAAGUUUCAGGACCUCUUUAAGUUUCAACCAAGACCCAGUCUUAACCUUUAUUAUUAUUAUUCAGAGUGAUUACGUGAUACGUGAUUACCUUAAUAACGUGAAGAUGUUAUUAUUAUCUUGGCUCCUGACAUUUCACAUUCAGUCAGGUUGUAUGUUAUAGGGUUGUAUCUAACACAGGUACAAGAAUACAUACAUAUCCUGACAUGACCUGGAUCAAACCAGCAGAUGAUUCACGAAUUGCUGGAAAAUAUCCAGACACACACACAACUCCAACACUUCUCAGGAAAAGCACUAACGCCCUGCCUUUCCUUUUUUUUUUAUUUUUAUUGCUGUCUUGAGCAGAAUUGGAUUAUUUAUUAUCUGUAUAUUUUGCCAUCGUCUUCAGUAUUCUACUCACUGAGAACUCGACAUCUAAUUUCUUUUCCGACGUGCCUUCACAGAGCUUUCAUUUUCAACUUAUUAAGCAUUUGACUCUUUUUUUUAACAUAAAGGUGCUAAAAUAAGACACAGAGAAGGCUUCCUGUAUCUCAGACAUCACAUUUUUGAGAUCCAAAGAUAUACCAUAGCUCAGGCAUGUCAUGAAUUGCUGAGUUAGGAGGAAGCGAAGUCAGUCGAAGGUAAACUUGACAUAUAGUUCAUCAUCAUAAAUUGCAAAUUCGGAAAGACUGUUAUUGAGUAAGAGA